AUGAAUAACACGACCGUUCGAUAUAAUGCACUUUAUUCGAGUGAGCAAAAGAAUUCAAUUGGAAUGAUACAUAACUCCGACUCCGCCCCCAGUUCAAUUUCAUGUCAAGUGGACGCAGUUGUGCCUGUGAGCAGUUAUAACCAAACACCCACCUGGACCACCACACCUAUUGCGACAGCUAAAAUAACUUCGCCUGCCAGCAAGCGAAAGGCAAACGUUGGCGCCAACAGUAGCGCUUAUUAUGGCAACGAUGGCAUCAGCACUUCGGUAUUCUGUAGUGGCGGUAGUGUAGAAAAUGAUCUAUUCGAUAGCAAUUACCCAGAUCUGUUAGAUAUUCCUAACUUCAAGAACCAUGUGCACUACUCUGUACCUCCAGGUGCGGGGAGUUCGUCAAAUAGAGCCAUUUGCACAUUGCCUCGGAAACUUAAAACCAGCGGUAAAUACUUUAAAAGCUCCUCGGAUAGUCAAUCCCUGUUGCUGGCGGAAAAUUCCAGCAAAUAUGGUAGCAGCACAUUGGGAGAUGACAGUUUCCUAAACGAGCUAACUUUGGGCAGAAGAUUCUCAGCUGAGUCUACUUAUUCGAAUUACGUGGGCACAUCUACAUAUACCAGUCGGCAGCGAUCGAACAGUUUCCUUAAUUUGAUGCAAAGCACUAAUAAAGGAUGCUCGGCGUUGACCGUUGGUGCGAUUAGCGGGACAUCAAUAGUGCAUAGCGGCGUUCGGCGCAAUCCCAGUUUGCCUUCAUCGCCGAUACACAACGCGCAUCAACAUCAGCGUUCAUUCAGCUCAGCAGCUAUGCCAUUGCUGGAUUUCUCCUCGUUUACCUCGUGCACAGGUGUCUCUACAAUGCCAGCCGCGGGCGCAACACAUACCUCAACAGUUACAGCCUAUGACUACCAUGCCACGCAACUGGAACGUUUCCUUGAGGAGUACCGCAAUUUACAGGAUCAGUUGUGUAAAAUGAAGGAGACCUGUGAGGCGAUACAUAAGAAAGAUGCGCCAAUGCGCAUUUCUGUCGGUCAUUCGGCAAAGCUGGCCGAUCCUGUGAUGUUCAAUGCGGCACUUGCGGCAAACAAUCUACCUAACACGGACCCAAAAGCAACGACGUUGAAGAGUAAAGCGCUGCUGCCGGGACAACCACCAGAUCCACCACCUUACUGGCUGCACCGAAAUGCAAUGCUGAAACGACUGAAUGAGUCGGAAUCGGAAAUAUUAAAAAACUAAUGAAGGAAGCAGCCGGGUUGGUGAGAGGAGAAGCUGGAGGAUAGAUGUUCAAUCACGAAAAUAAAAGUUAUAAUUCCAUGUUUUUUGGUAUGCAUGUUACGAAAAUGAUGUCAGUGUUGCCGUAAAGUUGUGCCGUAAAAAAAUAUUAAAAAACAAGUAAGGAAGUCUUAUUUAAGUUGAAGGCGAACUUAAUAUAGCAGACGCACGAACUAAGUAGUGCUUUUUACCUUUCCGUAAACUACUUUCCAUGUUAAACAGGUGUUUCUUCAAGAUUGCAAAGAUUUUCGAUAAGAUGCUCACUUAGAUUUAAUAAAAUAUUUGAAAAAAGUUUGGAACAAACGAUAAAGGGAUUACCGAGAUGCACUUGUGUACAAGGGCGUACCCAGAAUGGGGCGGGAAUGGGGGUAGGGGAAGCUACAAAGCGAAGUAAACAUUUUCAAAAACCAAUAAAUAAAAAAUACAAAAUUGUAUACGUAAGAUACUGACAAACAAGACUUCAAAAAUAAAGGAAAGAGAAGUGCAGUGUCCAUGAUAUUUUUAUAUUUUUCUUUAAAAUAUACUAGUCCGGUCAAAUUAGACCAAAAAUAGGAGUGAAGUUACAAAAACUCCCACCCAGCUGAAAAUUGGUAGAAUUGUUCAAAACACUAUCAUAAAUGAAAUCAAGAAAGUCCUCAUCGAUCCGAUACCUGGAAAAAAAGUUACUCGGGGUCGAAGGUCACAAAAACGGGUUUUUCGCGAUUUUCAGCAAAACGGUAAGUUUAUCAUAAAAUUUGUAACCUCGAAUGUCUAAAUUGACCGGACUAUACGUUGCUAACUUUUUAUAUUUAAAACUAUUAAAAACAUCACGCGAUUGUGUAUUCUAAA